AUGUGGCCUGCGAUUAUCUGUGGUUUGAUCAUUUACAAAUUAUUCAAAUGCUUCUUUUACGACGACGACGUUUCCGAUAUUGAAGCUUCCGAUUCCACCGUUCUCUUCACCGUCGCUGAUAGGCUUCAAAAGCUUUUUGGAGGUAAGGUUUUUGUUGGACUCAGAAUUCCCGAUUCCGAUUCUGCUUCACCACAAUCCAUUGAUCUCGUUCUUGUUACUAAACGAGAGCUACUAGUGAUAGCGGUGAAGAAUUUCUCAGGAAUUUUGACAGUUCAUGGGGAUGGUACUUGGCAAUCUGAAAAGCCAGGCAAACAUAAUAAAGUUGAGCGUCACCCUGAUCCGGUGGAAGAAGUAAGAAAGCAAGCUUCUAUUCUUGAAUCCUAUCUUGAACAAAGAGGGGUUGUUCUACCUAAAGGGUUUCUAACUUGUAAAGUUAUACUUCCAAAUCCUAAAUUAUGUACCAUUCCUACAAGUGAUUUUCCUCCUGAAGUUAUUACCCAUGAACAAUGGAAGCUACAGAAGCCAGGGACAAAGAGUGUGAUCACUAGUUGGGUGAAGAGUGCAUUUCUUAGCGGGAAGAACAAUAUGCAAGAAUCUGGUAAUAAGAAUCUUGAAUUUGUUCUCAGCACAGCUCCAAUAUGGGAUAGGUUGGAACUGAAAGGCAACAAGUAUGCAUUGGGAGAGUUCCUUGAGUUUAAGGGCAAAUCAGAAGAUGUCGAGGCAUUAAGACAUAUCAGAAGAUCAAAAGUUGGUAGCAUGAUAAUCCAAAAGACAAGUAUGUUUGGACUAGCUCCUUCUACGCUUCAAGUUUUAUACACUUUGCGCGACUAUAGAACUGAGGGAGCAUUAGCACCAGAGUUGAAUGAAGUGACUGUAAGAUCAAAUACUGAGAUCAUCUUUCAGGCCGAAAAUGGUACCAAGAUCAGAAAGUUUAAGCUCUCUUCAGUCUGCUCUAUGCAUCUUAGCGCAUAA